GCCGCGCACUCGUCAUGGUCUGCGGGGAGAAAUAAGGAGAAAUAACUAUCAAGGCUUCAAAAGCGACGUCUACCUCAUGACAUCUGCUUGGAGACUCUUGUCGUAUCCACUCUCGGCAAAUCUCGCGAGAUUGCUAAAUUGCGCCUUUCCUGUCACGUGACCAGACCAGCUCAUCAUUUGGAUCAGCCAUGGCGUCUUCUGCAGAUCAAGGUUACGGUAGUUAUGGUGGAGGCUCCGGCUCCCAUCCCAAUUACAGCUAUGGAGGCUCAGCAGGCUAUGGACAAACUGCACAGAGUGGGCAGCAGGCGUAUGGUCAGCAGCCCCAGCAGCCAGCAGCAGGUGGUGGAGGAGGUUAUGGCUCCUACGGAAGUUCCACUGGAGGUACCGACAGUUACUCCAGCUACGGACAGCAGAGUCAGACAUCCUAUGGUUCACAACAACCAGCAGCACAGACUGCACCAUACUCACAGCAGUCAGGUACUGGAGGGUAUGGCAGCUAUGACCAGUCUUCACAACAGCAGAUGGGAGGGUAUGGCCAGUCUCAGUCCCAGGGCAGCUACUCGACUGCAGGGUCCUAUGGGCAAACCCAGGGCAGCACUACUUACACUGGGAGCUCUGGAUACAGUAGCACGGGGGCUGGAACAGGCUAUGGGCAGAGUGCUGGACAAGGUGGCCAGAGCUCGUACGGUGCCGGUGGUCAGCAGCAGACCGGAUACGGCGGCAGCUACGGUUCCCAGAGUGCACCAGACUCUGCGCCCAGUACGGGCUACGGCGGCCAGCGUGAGCCCCCCUCGUCCACGGGUGGCGGCGGUGGAGGUGGUGGGUAUGGCGGCGUGACGGGGUCCACCGGCGGGGGCGGUUAUAGCAGCGCUCCGACCGGGGGCUACGGUGGCGGUGGCGGCUCGCGCGGGGGCAGUAAUGGGUCUGGGUUCGACCAAGGAGGUGGAAGUUAUGGCGGCGGCGGCUACGGAGGACGUUCAGGGGGUUACGAGGACCGUGGAAGAGGCCGUGGUGGGGGUGGCCGUGGGGGUGGACGAGGUGGCGGCUACGGCGGCGACCGCGGCGGAUACGGCGAUCGCGGGGGAUUUAAAGGUGGUUACGGAGGGGGUAGCUCUGAUGGUGGCCGAGGCAACGAUGGAGACAUGCAGGUCCAGCAGGACACCAUCUUUGUGCAGCAUCUUCCCACCAACAUGAGAGAGGACGAACUCGCCGGACAUCUCACCAGCCACUUCGGAUCCAUCGGAAUCAUCAAGAUGGACAAGAAAACCCACAAACCCAAGAUUUGGAUCUACAAAGACAAGAUGUCUGGGGCGCCCAAAGGAGAGGCCACGGUUACGUAUGACGACGCUCACUCGGCACGGGCCGCUAUCGACUGGUUCAACGACAAAGAUUUCCUGGGACAGAAGAUCAAGGUGGAGCUGGCACAGAUGCGCCCCAGAAGCGGGCCGUUUGGGCGCGGCGGUGGCCGGGGUGGCGGCGGCGGCGGCGGUCGUGGCUUCGGAGGACCACGUGACUUCGGUGGAGGCCGAGGUGGACGUGAUGGCGGUCGAUCUAUGGAGCAGCGGGAGGGAGACUGGAGUUGCCCUAACCCGGAGUGUGGUAACACCAACUUCUCCUGGAGAACCUCCUGCAACCGCUGCCAGGCACCCAAGCCAGGGGGAGAUGAUGGCGGCCAUGGCGGCGGUGGGUUCCACGGCGGUCCUCGCGGUGGGUUCCGUGGACGUGGAGGAGACCGGGGAGGUUUCCGUGGUGGACGAGGGGGCGACCGUGGUGGCGGUGGAGGGUUCAGAGGCAGGGGGAAGAGAGAUGACAUGAGACAAGACCGUAGGGACCGCCCGUACUAGAGCUGUUCGAGACAAACACCGUUUACAGAGCCGACACUACCCGGCUUGUGGUUCAUUUCUUGUGUUUGUCUUUUGAUGCUGAUUCUGAUGUUCAGGCACCACCAUGCCAGUACGUAAAGGUGUCUGAAAACUCAAGCUAGGGGGUUCGUAUAAGGAAUAUUGUUACUGUAUACCAAGUUGUACUGUAGUAUCACCAAACGGGAGAAAUACCAGAUUUUUGUGUGUAAGUCCCAAACCUUUUGAAGAAAAUUUACAUUUUUUGUGAUGCCAGCGGUGAUAUUUUGGACUCGUACUGUAUUUAAGUAAGUUUCUCUGAGAGUGCAGGACCAAGUUGAUUUUUUAGGUGUAACUCUUGCAUUACAACAAGAACUUCCAUUUUACUAUCUUUUGGUCAUUAAAGUAUUACUUCAUUCCUGUCA